CAAAAAGAUUGACUGUAGACCAUGUACCACCAGCACCGCUAGGUGGCGUCCUGCUAGUUGACAGUCAGCGGAAUUUUAGUAACAACCGAGAGAGAACUUCAGUCGUGGCAUCAGUUUUUAGAGGCAUGUCAAACCCACACAAGCCUCGGCUAGUGGGCCGUGUCCCAGCCAACCGGGCUCUCACAACCCGCCAGACAUCAGCCUCCAAGCUCAACGACAGCUUCAAGUAUCGCGAGGCAGCAACCUACCUGAUGGAGUUGCCCGAUCCGAGCCAUGUCCAGGGGGCGAGGUCCUCCAGUGGUCUACCCCCCAAGGGGGACGCAGGGUCCGGAGCGGCAAAUGGACAGCGUGUCGUGAACAUGGGGGGUUCGUCUGCAGAUGAUGAUAAAGGGACGAAAGAUCCGAGCAACCAGCGCGAUGUGUUCUACGUUGUUGGGUUUCCUCUUUCAACGUGGUCUACUAGCUUCCAGUUUUUCUUUCUCAUGGGGUCCAUUUUCUUCUUCUUCCUGAUCUAUGGAUAUUGUCAGGAAUUAAUCUUCAGUUUUGACGAUUUCAAGUCUUAUGGCUGGUAUCUGACAUUCACACAGUUUGGUUGUUAUACAAUAUUUGGUCUCCUAGCAACCCAGGUCCAGAGUGACAACAAAAGGAGAAUACCUAUGAAGACAUACUUGCUGCUCUCGAUCCUGACAGUGACGACCAUGGGCAUGUCCAACGCAUCAUUGGGAUAUCUCAACUACCCCACCCAGGUCAUCUUUAAAUGCUGCAAACUUAUACCCGUCAUGAUAGGCGGCGUCCUUAUACAAGGCAAGCCGUAUGGGGUGACAGACGCAUGUGCGGCUAUCUGUAUGAGUAUAGGUCUUAUCUUCUUCACCUUGGCUGACAGUACUGUCUCACCGAAGUUUGACAGGACAGGUAUUAUAUUGAUAUCAUUAGCGUUGGGUGCCGAUGCUGUCAUAGGAAAUGUUCAAGAAAAAGCAAUGAAAGCGCACAGAGCAUCUUCAUCAGAAGUAGUUUUAUAUUCAUAUUCCAUAGGGUUCGUCAUCAUCUUCAUUGGGCUUGUAGCACAUGGUAGUUUUUUAGAGGCUUUCUGGUUUUGUUAUCAAAACCCAGUUAAAACGUAUGUUUAUGCCAUCCUGUUCUCAUUAUCUGGGUAUAUGGGCAUCAUCUUUGUCUUGGCUAUGAUCAGGCAGUUUGGUGCCUUAAUCACUGUAACAGUAACCACCACCAGAAAAACUGUCACGAUGAUAUUAUCGUUCCUUCUCUUCAGUAAGCCAUUUACAAUGCAAUAUGUGUGGUCGGGAAUGCUCGUCAUCUUUGGCAUCUUCUUAAACGUGUACAGCAAGAACAAGACGCCCAUCAACCGCUGGUUUGCUAACAAAGUAAGACAGUUGGUAAUACGGCUACAACAUCAACCCAAAGUCUAUCCAAGUGCAAUGACGGAUGUCUGAUAUUUUUCAGAGGAUAUCCGGAUACGUCUUACAUCCAAUAGUGUUAUCAGAAUAGUUUUUGUAUGCUUAUAUUUUCAGCAAAAUUUAGUUGAGUCUGAUGGUUUGGAAAGUCAUACCAGGGGGGUGUUUCACUAAGACUAAAAUCGACUUUAACUUGAACUUACAUUAUUUAUGGCAGGCCAUUCGUGCCACUGGUUGCUCUUCUCAUUGGUCCCUCAAUUAUGAUCUUUAAAUAAUAUUUUUUCCUUCAAUAAUGAAUUAUCACAAAAUAUAAAUUCUGUAGAUUUGUGAACACGAUUUUUAGGUCCCUUGUGAGACCAUGCCAGUAAACGGUGAGAGCAAACAAUGGCAUGAAUGGCCUGCCAUAGUUAAGUCCAACUUAAAGUCGAUCUUAGUCUUUGUGAAACACCCCCCAGGGCCCUUUACCACAUGGAUAAGUUAACAAUAGAUUGCUAUUUUUCAGUUGAUUGCUAUUUACAAGCAGUUAACCAUUAGAUAAAUUAACCCAUCAUACGAUCAAUUGGUAAGCUUUGAGUCACUGGCCCAGAGCCAUUUUGGAUAGAAUUUGGUACCAAUUACAAGUUACGAUGAAGGUUCUAAGCGAUUGAAAACAUUGCAUUUGGUUGGCUGAGAGCACAUUUGCCAGAGAAUUUUAGUACUUGUUAAUUAAUAACAAGUUUUAUGUAACACGGCCUAGGUCUGUCUUCCAGUGCAAGUUUUUUCACUUGAGUUUUUACAUGUUUAUUUUGUUUUAUCAAAUUCAGUUAAAACAGGUCUGAUUGUUCUUAAAAGAUAUACCGGGUCUGUUUUUCAUCGAUGUUGUUCUCGAUAUAGUUUUUGUACACUUACAUUUUUAUCAAAUUCAGUUAUACAGAGGUCUAAUGGUUUGGGAUUGGCAAACGAGAUGUGGCUUUCAUUGGUUGUAGUCUCACAGGAGUGUUUUAAAGAACGAUUCUUUUCCUCCUUUUCUUCUUUUCUAAAGGAUACCAAUCACCUUUUAAUUAAAAAAGAGAUUGUUCAGCUAGAAGGUAUAGAAUUAAACUAAAAUAACCUUUCCUUGGAAUUCUGUGGCCUAACAGUUAAGGAGUAUGAACAAAUAAAGAACAAUAUAAAACCCUGUGCACAGAACCUAUGACUGACUUGGGUCCUGUACGGGCCAUACUCCGUCCGUGUGAGCGCGUAUAGAUGCGUCGACUAGUCUUCUCGAAAGCCACUUCUAUGUUAAGUAAUACAUGUUUUUUGCAACAUUUCUAUAUAGAAGUAACAUUUAGAGCUGAAUUUUUCAAUAAAGUAAGGCCCGGCGUACACUACAUGAUAUGCCUGCAAUCUGAA